CAUCCUGGGAGCGGGCUGUGUCCUCCAGCGUCUCUUCAGAGAUGUGCGUCUGUUUCUCCGUCCUCUCCUCCUAGGACUCUGGCUCGGCGGAUGGCGGCUGUCGGACUCUCGUUUGUUCAAGCUCCCACAGGGAUGAAGCUCCUCUUUGCCUUCCUCCUCUUCAUGGGGUGGCCACACGGUGACAUUGAUCCUGAAGCCUGGACCUAUAAUUUGAAAUGCUAUGAUUGUUGGGUCACGAACACCUUCUAUUGUUCAAAUAUUAGAGUCUGUCCUUAUGAAAUUAGGCGCUGUUUGACCAUCUCAUCUCGUUACGAUGAACGUGAAUUAUUCGUUUACAAGAACUGCACAAACAACUGCACAUUUGUGCACCCCUCUCAGCAGCCUCCUGAAGCCCCCAGGAGAAAAUACUUUCGUUCUAACUCUUUCUAUUUUGUUCAUUGCUGUAAUAGUAUGACCUGCAACGAGGGGGGUAUUAGUAAUCUUGAGAGGGACAUCCUCCCCGAAAUGACAGUUGAGGAGGAAUUGGAAGGAACUGUGCGAUUAGGGCAGUCAACCUUUUUCCUGAGCUUUGCCUCCAUUGCGGUCAGCAAUACACUGACAUGAGAAGCUGCCUUUGGAGGGUCUUACCAUCUCCCCAUUCCCCAGAGCCAGUUGGCUGUCCUUUGCUCUUUUGUGAGCCAGAGACAGUGACCCACGGGGUCCCCCGUUGGCAAGUCACCCAUUUAGGGCUUGUUUGGAGGGAGAAAUAAAGAGCAUGAUGGUUUGGGUAUUGUGUACUCGGAUUUCUUUGUGGUGUUAGCUCUGAUCCGUUGUU